GCUAGUGUAGUAUCUAUUUUUGUGUUUGACAUUUUUACCAAUUUUGACACCUAAACAUUCAGACAUUUUCGAGUUGUACAACGAUUUUUACAUUCAUUUAGUUUGAUUAAAAAACAUGGCGUCGACACUACCAAGUCCGACAAAGGUUGCUGGGAAAUAUAAUCCAAUAUAUGAAGCAUACUAUAAACAAAUUGAUCCAAAUGGUACAGGCACAAUCGAAGCAGUAGCAGCAGCCAAGUUCUUAAAAAAAUCAGGGUUGAGCGAUGUUGUUUUGAGCAGAAUAUGGGACCUGUCCGAUCCAACAGGAAAAGGCUAUCUCGAUAAAUCUGGUUUGUUUGUUGCUUUGAAACUAGUGGCAUUGGCUCAAACGGGUGAUACAAUAAACAUGACGAAUAUUUUCAACGAACCAUCAAAUCCACCAAAAGUUGGUGAAAUACCAAAAAUCGUGGUACCAAAAAUUCAGGCGGUACCUGCUACGAACGAUGACUGGAGCAUAAAGACAGUCGAUAAACUAAAAUAUGAAGAAUUAUUUGAGUCACUUCAACCAAGUAAUGGUUUACUACCAGGUAAUAAGGUACGCAGCGUAUUAAUGGACUCAAAGUUACCAUUAGACGUCCUUAGUAAGAUAUGGGACUUGGCCGAUCAAGAUCGAGAUGGUAGUUUAGAUAAACAUGAAUUCACUGUUGCCAUGCAUUUAGUUUACCAAGCACUGGAUAAGCGUGCAAUACCGCAAGCACUGCCGGCAGAAUUGCAACGUUCUGCUAGAAAGGUCAGUGCUCCAAGCGAUAAUUUUGUCGCAAAUUUUGAUGUUGCGAACAUUGGACCACCCCCAAUACCACCAUUACCAGCUGUUUUUAAUAAUUUGCCACCGGCUAUACCACCAAUGCCACAACCAAAUUGUCAGAACAGUGUGCCAUCGUUUCUGGGCUCUAGCUCUCAGCCAGUUACUGAUUGGGUCGUUAGUUCGACUGAUAAAGCACGCUAUGAUAUCAUAUUCGCUAAAAGUGAUCUAGAUAAAGAUGGUUUGGUGUCAGGUGGCGAAAUUAAGGGUAUAUUUGUACAAUCAGGCAUACCGCAGAUGUGCUUGGCACAGAUAUGGGCAUUGUGCGAUACAAAUCAGUCUGGUAAAUUGACAGCUGAACAAUUUGCUCUUGCUAUGUGGCUAGUUGAGCGCAAGAAAAAAAAUGGUAUAGAGCCGCCCAAUGUUCUGGCCCCGAAUAUGGUUCCACCAAGCCUUCGUACGAAUAAUGUUGUUAAUUUGGGUGAUCUAAUCGCACCGGCAGCGGUACAGCCAAUCGAACCACAACGUCAAGUCUACACAAAUCCAGAAUUGGAAAUGAUUGCAAAAGAGAUUGAAGAAUUAGCCAACGAAAGACGCCAGCUAGAGAGCGAACUUGUUCAAAAGGAGGCAGAUAUUCGUAUAAAAAAUGGUGAAGUGCGAAAUUUGCAAAGUGAACUUGAUACAUUAGUCGCCACAUUGAAACAACUUGAAAAUCAAAAAGGAGAAGCACAAAAGCGACUAAACGAUUUAAAGGCACAGGUUGCCAAAAUACGUGAACAAUGUCAGAAACAAGAAGAAACGAUCCGUGAACAAGAGACGGAAUUAGAUUCCAAAAGAAAUGAAUUGCAAAAGUUGAAAGACGAAGAAUCAUCACUAGAAAAAGAGUACGAAGAUAACAAGCGAAAUUUGGAUAGAUUGUCCAAAACUCUACAAGAAACACAGCUGCAAAUAUGUCAGAUAAAGUCCUUAGUUACACAACUGGAGGAAAGUCAACGACAAAUGAACGAUGCACUUGCUGUUUGUAAAACAGCGAUUGAGGCAAACGAUCCAAGUCAAGCCUCGUACUUCUCUCUGAAAAUUGAACCAGACUUUCGAGAGGCCAAGAAAGCUUUGGAAGAAAGAACGGAGCCGACUUCUGACCCAUUCAAUGAUAAGGCGAAUAGUUUUAGUAAUGGAACAGAUAACGAGUUCAAAACAAAUAAAUUUGCUACUACAUUUGAUGAAAAUAACAGCAGUUUCGGUGGUUUUGAUGAUGGUUUUGGUAGCAGUUUUUCUCCAAAAACAAAUGAUCCAUUUGAAAACUCGGCAACACAAGAUCCAUUCGGCGACAAGAAAAAUGUAAAUACAAUUUCCCAUGAUCCCAACAAAGACGAUUUUGGAAGUGAUCCAUUUGCUAUAUUACAUGCACCGACUUCAGCUUCACAAAUUCCAAGUCCAGGUUCACAUUUGGGAUCAAAAUCUAUACCACCACCAAGACCAGAGUCUCCCAGUCCUGCAUUGCCCCCAAAAAAAGCAAAACAGCCCCCACCGCGUCCUGCACCACCGCGACCAUUGCAGGGUCCAAUCACACCAAAACACGAUACUGGUUUUGGAAACAGUGGCAGUGGCUUCGCUAAUUUUGCAGACUUUGACAAUAAGAAUUGCGGUCUCGGUGAUUUUACUGAAGAUCCUUUCAAAGAUUAUCGUUAUGAAGAUCCUUUCAACAUAGAAGACCCAUUUUGCGACACUCAAGAUGCACAUUCGAAGGUGGUUCAAUCGGGACAAAAAAAUGAACAUUUAACUCAGGACAAGAAUAUUUCUAGCGGAUUUGUACGAGAAGAACCUUUAAACGGUGUUGGUUCAAACAAUAAUAAUGAAUCCAUAGAUAAUUUUGCCAAUUUUGAUGCAUUUUCAUCGACGAACGACUCAGACUUGUUUGCAAACAUUGCAUUUUCUAGCAAUCAAGUCGAUGGCCAUGAUGUAACAACAGCUUCCCCUAAUGCCAAAGAUCAGUUUUUGGGAAAAAUCGAUAAUUAUAAAAGUUUUAAUAAUUUGGAAACCAAAUUCAACUGCUUCGUAAAAAAUGACUCAACAAAACAUCAACAUUUACAAUACCGCUGCAGUUUGGAUGAUGAAACGAACUUCGCAGAUUUCAGUAAUGCUAAUGUAUUCAAAUCAACUACCAACAAAAUGAAAUCACCAUCAACAAACUGUGAUAUAGAAAAACAUCAGGAGAAUAUUCCUUCGAAAUUCCAAAAUAAAUUUUCCAAAAAUGAGCAAUUCGACGCUGAUCUUGAAGAAGCGUUAAAAAGAAGUUUAGUGGAUCAAUGAACAAAAUGUACUCAUUUAGAUAUUACAUUUAGAUUAAGCCAAAUCAAUCUGCGAUGAAAACGAAGUCAUUAUUGUAAAACUUAUCGUCAGUUUUUCAACCGAUUUGAAUAAUAUUAAUUUUAAUGUAUUUUUGGAAGUAUUAUAUACAGAAAUAGAAAAAACUCAAAUAUAA